AUGGGGAUCGCCAAGUGCCCGUACGAUCCGGCGGACAACAGCACCGCGGUCUGGGUCGAGAAGGGAAACCCCGGAGGUCUUCCGGCUCUGUACUCAGGAACCAACGCGGAGUUCACCAAGGCCGACACCGUCAUCUUCAGGACCGACCUCCACAACUUCACCACCGGCAAGAAGGAGUUCGCCUUCAAGAGGACCAUGAAGAACUACUUUCUUUAUGGCGGUGGGAUAUUACGAGGCGGAGCCCCGGGCGGGAUCCAGAUCUACAAGAGUUCGAUCGUGAAUUAA